UAUUCAAAUGACGCAAAUUCAGAUGCAACUGAUAAACAGCUUUAUAGCUAGCGUAUAUGCAUGUACAAAGGUGUUUUAACAUUGCUGUUGUGUAAACUAUAAAGCCCCAAACUCAGUAGAAUAUUGCGUUGGGAAUUAAAAACAUAUAGAUUCUGUACUGAUACUUACACGAAACUGUCAUCGUCAAACUCAACCGAUACACUGGGAGUGUGAAGACGUUAUAUUGGAAUGGAAGAUUCAGGAAGUGUUCCCUGUAAUAGUGAUGAUGGUCCUUUGAAUGCGGAAAAUAAAGUCAAUGACAAUGGAAAUGGAAAUAUUGAUGCAGGUCGAAUAGGCUCCACUCUAGAUGACGCACAGAUCACAGAGCUUUGUUCAACUGAAAACACUCCCUUGAUCGAUAAGGAUGCAAAUGAAGGCUCCACUUUGGAUAGCGCACAGAUCACAGAGUUUUGUUCAACUGAAAACACUCCUUUGAUCGAUAAGGAUGCAAAUGAAGUCGAUUCUGGCCCACUCAGGGUGUUAGAAGAUUACGAAUUCUCCAACGAUUCCUCUGAUGAUUCCGUGGAAAGUGACGAUGCUGGAAGGGAUGAGUUUAGGCAAAUCGUGGAACAAUCUUUAGCCAAAGCAAUUUUAAAGAAGGAAAAAGAUUUCGACAGUGAUGUUGAUGCAUUACCCAAAUCUCGAAUAGGUGUUGGAAGCUAUGUCCACCAAAGGGACUUUUAUGAAUGGGUAUCACCAUUGUCGAAGACGUCAAUUCAGUGUCGUAUAUUUCAAGCAGUGGAGAGAAACAGUCUAAAAUGCUUAGAUGUACUUUGUGAGGUGUAUGUAAAAGCAGUGUCGGGUGAAUACAGUCUAUUUCAUCGGUUCACCUUUUUCGUUUCUGGAGUCCAAGACGAAAGACCUAAAGAGACAGCGCUACACGUCCUUGCAACAAAAACAACGUCAGCGAAAGCAAUUCUGAAAGUUUUCGAGAAGAGACCGAAGUUUCUGAAUGAUCUUUCUGACUUCCCCGACAGCUAUGGAUCAACUCCACUUCUUGUUGCAAUAAAUUACAACAAUAUCGAAGUCGCUAAGCGAUUGAUAAGAACAAAAUCCCGCGUAGACAAAAGAAAUGAUGAUGGGGAAUCUCCCAUUCUUUUAGCAGCUCUAAACGACUAUGUUGAUAUCAUAAAAGAAAUGCUGGAAACAUAUCUUGAAUCCCAAGAAAGGACUGAACUUCUGGAGAUUAUGAAGAGCAUUGAUGACAAACAUCAUUCAAUCCUUUACCCAGCCUCCCAGAGUGGCAAUUCUAAGGUACUAAACUUGAUUAUGAAAAAGACCAACUGGCGAAAAUUUCUAGACCAAGAGCAGACUGUUACUGAGGAUUGGAAUGAGUUUGUUGGUAACGUUUGUGCUGCUGGAUGUAAAAAACUUGCGAAAGAAUGUCUUAAACGCGAUUCUAGUCUUCUUGAAAGAGGAGAGGAAGAAAAGGUGACACCUUUAAUGAGGGCAGCCGAGGCAAAUAAAUUAAGAAUCGUUCGGCUAAUCUUUGAGAUGCAACCUUCUGCUGAACUGCUUCAUAUUAAUGAUGAAAAUAACAGGAAUGUUUUUCACUAUGCUGUGGGGAAUCUUGAUGUUCUUCGUUACCUUGUUCUCCAAGUCCUAACGUUUUACGACUACUGUUAUGCUACUAGCAUCUAUGACGAAUCUGGAUGUACCCCAUUAUGGCUUGCAAGGAAUCAGAAAGAGAGUCUUUUGUUGCUGAUAAAUAUCGCAAAAUUCGAGCUGUUCGAAAAUUAUAUCAUUAAUGAUGUGGAUAUCGAGAUUUUAAAGCGAAGUCUUCAUAUGAUGAAAAGACAGGAUCCCAAAGGCGUAACAUAUUUGCUACAUGGGUACAACCCCAAUAAUCAGCCGUUAUUAGCAGCAGCUAGGAAUGGAAACAUCAAGUUAAUGGAGUUCCUAUUGCAAGAAGGAGCGGAUCCUUUACAAAUAGGUGAUUCUUACAAUACGGUCGUUCACCUCGCAGUAAUGUCUAAAAAGCUUGAAGCUGUGGAGUACUUGUUUGAGCAGGGCAAACUCUUGGAAAUAAUCGAUCGUACAAAUAAUAUGGAGCUCACCGCAGCUGGUAUAGCAGCAGAGUAUGGUUAUGCGGAAAUUCUAAAAUAUUUGUUAAAGAAGAAUGCGCAGAUUAAAAGUGAUGGGAAAAAGCGAAAGAAUAUUCUGGAUUAUGCAUGCGACUAUGAUUAUAGAAGAGUCAAGGAAUUGGCAAUAAAAGAAAUUGUUAUGUUUUGUGUAAAAGAUGGAAACCCAAAACUCCUUAAAGAGUUGUUCGAAGACUCGGGUCAUGACCCGGACGAUAUUAUGGCUUUAUUGGUCUACACAGCACCCGACGUCGCAUUUCUGAUUCUUGAUCACUGUAUUUCUCGGAAUGUUGAUACCUCUUUAUGCUACUGGUUUUUUCCAUUCAAAAGAAAUAAUCAUAAAAAGAAGCUUCAAGCUUUAGAACGCAUGACAGAAAGUCCAAAUGCAGACAGGUUUUUGCGCCAUGCUGUGGUUGUAAAGUUAUUAAACUGGCUGAUGUAUUCCUCGGGCAUUCAGAAGUAUUUCCUGUUGAAUUUUUUUCUUUAUACCAUGUUUCUGAUUACUUUAACAACAUAUGGCGCAAUCCAAAGUGGCGGUUUGCACCGUUUAAAAUCACCUGGUAUGAUAGCACUCUCUGUCGUUAUUCUUAUUUUAAGUGGAUUUCUUUUAGUAAAAGAAAUUUCUCAGAUGAUUGCAUAUGGAAAGGAAUAUAUGAGGGAUUUGGAAAAUAUCUUCGAAUUGACAAUUUUUAUUUGCGCAAUGAUUUAUGUCGUUCCUGGAGGGGACAAAAAAACCGACGGACAGAUCGUAGUUGGAGCAAUUUCGAUAUUUCUUGCGUGGGUGAACUUUUCCCAGUUCUUUAGAGUACUUUUUAAUUUUGGAGUCUACAUCUUCAUGGCAAUUAAAGUGUUCGGAACAGUUUGCAUGGUGUUGCCACUGGUUAUAUUAUUACUCGUUGGAUUUUCACUAUCGUUUUCGUUGAUCAUGCAUCAAGAUGCAGGUUUCAAUGAUGUUCCUACAUCGUUCUUGACAACACUUGUGAUGAUGACGGGUGAAUUGGAUUAUCGAGACACAUUCCUUGCAAGUGGAUCACUUCAUGCCUUGCAAAAAAUAUUUCUUGUAUUGUUUAUCCUGAUGAUCUCCAUCGCUAUAAUGAAUUUAUUUACCGGUGUUGCUGUUGGCGACGUUAACGAGAUGUUAAUAAAAUCUAAAGAAAGAAGAAGAAUAAAUAAGGCUAAGCUUGUCAUAAAACUGGAAAGAGGCCUUUCUUUCUACUCAAGCGGGAAUUCUGCGACCGCGAACAUGGGUGAACUUCAUGUGUAUAGACUAUAGUGGCAGAGAAAAAGAGAGGCAUUCGUCAUUGUUGACGUGGAUAUGGGAACAGACUUUUCCUGAUGACGAAGAUGAAACAACGACGCAGAGCAAAGGAAUGACUUUUAUGAUAUGAAGAACUAUGGAAGAUCCUUAUAGAAGAAUAACUUGGGCAAUCAAAAGAUUUGCUGAAUUUGGCGAAAGCAUAUUUGAAAGAAAAAGUUUAUAAAGCCCAGAAAUUGGUCGAACAGAGAUUAACAGCCAACUUUACAACGGCAGACAGUUAAAAAGACUUGCUAUUAUUAAACUAAGUAUAUAGGCGCACAUCUUAACGUACGCAAGUUAUAGUUUGUCAAAUACUUUCAACACUAGUCUAUUACACGAUUAUAAGUCAACAACACCUUGUUAAUAUGGCGACAUGCAAGCAACGACAAAAUGGCGGGAAAUUCAAAAUUAUUUUAAGA